UGAGAGCUGAGGAAGAGCAACAUUCUGUUGAUUUAGUUAAAAAGAAUUAUGUUUAUGGCAACCUCAAACAUGAAGUUAGCGUCUAUGUUAAGGUGUUUAAAAACAGCCCAUUUCUUCUAUGUAUGGAUUUGGCUCAUUCUCAAGAAGAACUAAUAGAUCCCGACUAUUUGUGGAUUGGUCCAGAUGGAAGAAACUUAGAAGGGCAUUUGCAUGUGAAUCUUAAGGAAACAGGAAAGCUGAUGUUGCUGGGGUUUAAGGAGUACAUGUCUGGAGCCUACACUUGCACUCUUUCUCACAAAAUGAUAGAAACUACGACACAGGAGGAAAGAGAAACGUUUGAGACAUAUAAAUUCAUGGUGUAUGCAUACAGGGAAGCUGACCACGCGUACCAGGUCUUCGUUCGCUUUACUACCAGGGAGUGUGAGCUACCAGCCAACGGCCACUUCUUUGAGGAGCUCUUGAAAAUCUUAACUAACAUCAUCUCGGAUCUGACGUGUAACAUCACAGAGUCCUCCUACAAAUGCCAUUCUGUCAUGAUACCCAAGCGAGGCCUCCUGCACGAACUGUUUGUUAGUUUUCAAGUCAACUCUUUUGCACCAGGAUGGGAGGAAGUUUGCAGACAGCUUCCCUACGACUGUCAAGAUGCAACAAACAUGAGAGUUCAAGAGGCAAGAGACCGAAUUGAGGAGUUUUUCAAGAAGCAGACGUAUGUUUUGAAGCACGAGUUCCAAACUGCCCCUACAAUACACUACGUGGAGAACAGCUUCUCAGUUACUUACAUUGACAGCUGCCAACCAGGCUUUGGGAAGAACAAUGUCACCCACCAGAGCUGUGCCAGCUGCUGUGUGGUCUGUGAGCCUGGAACUUACAGUCCCAACAACGACGUGACCUGCCAGGUUUGUCCAGACCCUCAAGUCAGGAUGUACGGAGCAAGAUUUUGCUGA